CCGCGGCUCAUUCGGCCGCGCGCCGCCCUGGCGUUCGUAUCGCGUCACGAUGGAUCGUGUGUGUGACAUGUGCAUCUGAUUUGGUGUAAUUAUUGUGGCGGAACCGGAAGCAUGAUGCCUCUCGCACCGACCCCUGUGGUGGCGGUGCCAUCGAAGCCGAAGAUCGGGUUCAGUAUAGACAGUAUAGUGGGUGGUUCGGAGCGGUCGAAGCGCGCGUCACCGCCGCUGGGCAGCCCGGGCUCGCCGUCGCCGGUGGCGUCGCCGCGCAGCCCGUCGCCGCGGCCGGUGGUGCGGCCGAGCGCGCUGCCGGCGGUGUUCCCGUCGCCGGAGCUCAAGCGGCUGCCGUACCUGGAGGCGCAGACCCACCACCAGUUCCUGGCGCAGUUCCAGGGCGCGGCGCUGGCGGCGGCGCUGGCGCACCAGCAGCAAGGGUUCGCGCCGCUGCACCCGCCGCCACACCACCCCGCCGCGCCCGUGCCGCGCGAGUCCUACCAGCUCUACCCCUGGCUCAUCAACAGGCACGGACGACUCUUCCCGCACAGGUUUCCUGGAGGUCCAGACAUCCCCGGGUUCCUUCUGCAGCCGUUCAGGAAACCGAAGAGGAUCAGAACGGCAUUCUCCCCCUCGCAACUGCUUAAACUGGAGCAUGCGUUCGAGAAAAACCAUUACGUGGUGGGCGCUGAGAGGAAACAGCUCGCCCAAGCGCUCAGUCUCACCGAGACGCAGGUAAAAGUGUGGUUCCAAAACAGAAGAACGAAGCACAAACGAAUGCAGCAAGAGGAAGAAGCCAAGAGCGGGAAGUCCGGCUCCUCAAACCCCAAGCCUGACGAGGGCCACAUGAACAACUCGUACGAGGAGGAAGACGAGGAACUGAUCGAUAUGGACAUGGACGAACUAAGUGAAAGUGAAAAUGAGACGUAAGAGAAGUGACGUUGUAAAUAGUAGUUGUAUUCAUUAAUUUAUUAUGUAUAGACGGCGAGAUACGCCUUUAUGCGCGGAGUUUGCGUUCGUACGAAAUUCGUGCGAUUUUCACGAAGCAAUGACGGGAAUUGAUUAUUUGCAGUUUUAGCUCAAAUAAUGAAUUAUAAACAGUGAUUCAUAUAUGAUACAUUAACCGAAAAUUAUGUAUUAAAAUCCACGAAAAGUUCCAGUGAAGUUGUCGUGCCGGGAUAACAUAAAAGUUAGGUAUAGCCUGAAUAUUUCAAUUUGUCUGGCUUCUUAUCGGAUCUAGUAUGAGGCCAUUAGCAUACUAUCAGAGUUAGAAGUCUGUAAAGGUGUUGUUAUCGCGUCGCCCUUCGUGAAAAUUUUGAUAAAAUAUGUAACUGGAUUUGUUUAUAUAUUGUGGCUUGUGUUAAAAAUUAUCACGCAAAUAUUUAACACGUAAUUGACUCUGAUAAACAAUUUAUUACAAUAUUAUUAUUAGAAAACAAUUUGUGAGAUUAAGUAUUUCCAUUUGUGUUCCAUAAAAAAUAUAAUAUAUUUGCUAUUAUUAUCAGCCUUUUGGAAUAAAAACAAUUAAAGCUCUUAACAUAGUGAUCAACAUAUCCAAUAAUUUAAUGAUUUCUGUCUUUACUUUAAUUACCUACGGAUCAAGCUUACUUUUGCAAUGCCAUUAAGCCUACAGAUAAUUUAUGGCAUCCCUAAUUUACCGGCUCAUUUUGUCCAGUAGUUAAUUAUCUUAUUAGACGAAAAUUCCAACGGCGACGUAAAUUAAAGAUUUUUUAAUUUAGUGACAGCUAUUAAAUUAACCGAACACAAAAUGGCGCCUGUAUUUCUAGUUAACGCGUCAAACUUUAGAUAACUAAAUUGGCUUUAUUAUAAUAGUUUUGGGACCAUUUUGAAUUAAUUAAAAAAAUUACGUUUUUGACGAGCCCCUCGAGUGAUGUGGGUAUAAUUAGACAUUUUAGAUUUCGAACGCUGAUAUAGUGGUUUCCGAACGAGCUGUCAAGAUGGAAAGAGAUAGAUAUAUGUAUUCUUUAAAGUGAGGAAAGGAUAGAUGAAAGAUGAAGUCGAUAUUACUGGUGUGUUAUUAAGAAAUGCGCGUGGUAUCGCCGGUCCCAUCGUGGCCAGUAAUUGCGGGACCGAAUUGUAUAGGUGUGUGACGAUUGUUUUCGACGGCUAUUUGUCUAUGAUUUCUGAUACGAUAUGCAUCUAUGUCGUAACCUUUUUUGACGCUUUAUUAUUUGUUAUUGAUUAGCACUCGCGCGACAAAGCUUUGUGUAGUCUAUGAUUUAUAUCGAUUUUGAUAUCGAUAUGACGUCCGAAUUUAUUAUGCCAGAAUUGUCAUUAUUUAUUAGACUAUUUUGUUGUGCAAGUGUUUAUUAGAGAUCAAAAUUCACGUGCACAGUAUGAUAACUGGUUACCAUUUUCCUUGAAACCCACAAAUUCUAAGCAUUCGGUGGUGGAAUGUGGAUUAUUCAGAAAUAAGUUCAAACAUACAAAAUAAUUGCUAUCGAAAAUACCUGAUACAUUUUCCAGUUUCAUUUACUUCCAUCUCGCUAUUAAGUAGCUGCUGGCAGCCCUUUAAAAGCGACCUUAACAGACAAGAAAUAAAAUCUACUUUCAUAAAUUUUUUGCCGACCCGAAAGUACGCUAUAUUGUGUAGAGCUACUACAAAGCUUCAAAGGCUUUUUGCAGUAUUCUAUUCUAGUCAACAGUCAGUCAGUCAGUCACAAUUUAAUUUAAACAUGACAUCAUCUUAAAACAAGACGAAGUUUCCGCUAGCACUUAAAAUAGAAUAGUCGUUAAAGCUCUACGAAAAGCAAAUUACACAUUUAAAAUACUACUACACAAAAAUACAAUUGUUAUGCGUCAAGAACUUGCUAUAUUAACAUUUGUAUGAGUACUAACUACAAAAGAUUUUUGAGCCAAAACCUCGUAUUGUAGGCUGUAGUUAUUUGCGUCUACGUGGGAAUCUAACUCAAAAUCUUUGCUUUAUGGUAAUUAAGACUGCAGAGGUAAAUCAUUUAAGAAAACAUCAUAAGAAAGCUAUAACUUGGUCAUUUAUCGAAGAAUAAAAAUAUAUUUAAGAUACUAACGUGUUUUCAUACAAUAUCACUCUUUUGUUCCUACCAAUCAUGUGCAAUAUAAUAUGUAUGCACUUUUAUCCUAUUUGGAUUAAAUCAAGUGUAAUUAUAAAGUAUUAGCGGCUUAAUAGCAUGGUGCAAGAUCAUGUAGUAUUUUGUAAUGCUAAGUUCUGGAUAGCGUGCCUCUUGUCACUAGCAAGUUAUUCAUACAGUUGUAUUAAAAAUAUAUUUUCAACGCAAUAUACUUCUUAAUAAUGUUCAUUUUGCAAUAGCCAUUAGCUCUGUUCGCUACUUGCGUGAAGGUAAUACUCUUGUUUACAUUAAUAAAUGCUCGUAUAAUAGACAAUGGCAUAAAAACCAGUUUACCUUUCAUUCAAAUGAAAGAAAAAAUGAAAAUACGUAAUUUCUUAAUCCACCUUAAUAAUGGACUAUAUUACCCGUUACUUUGGUAUUUAUGGUCUAAUUGUCUUUGGAGCGUGUCGAAUGUGUGGAAUAGGGAAUUGUCUGUGGUCUGAAAUACUUAAAACUAGACAACAUGAUAAUUUGUGGACAAUGUUUCAUCCUUUUAAUUAGACAUCAUUGAA